AUGCCUGACUCGUGGGAGUAUCCUUUCUUUGCGGCUUGGGAUACAGCAUUUCACUGCAUACCGCUGGCCAUGAUUGACCCCGACUUUGCUAAGAAACAGCUUGAUCUUCUCACCCGAGAAUGGUACAUGCAUCCAAACGGCCAGCUCCCAGCUUACGAGUGGAAUUUUGGGGAUGUAAAUCCACCGGUACAUGCUUGGUCGGUCUUCCGAACCUUCAAGAUCGAGCGCAAAAUGUAUGGACGCCAAGAUCUUGACUUCUUAGAACGAGUCUUCCAAAAGCUGUUGCUCAAUUUCACAUGGUGGGUCAAUCGUAAAGAUUAUGACGGCAAGAACGUCUUUGAGGGCGGCUUUCUGGGUCUAGACAAUAUCGGACUCUUCAAUCGCUCCGAGCCCUUACCAACAGGUGGUGUGCUCGAACAAGCCGAUUCAACAGGCUGGAUGGCCUUCUAUUGUCUGUCCAUGCUGAACAUUGCUCUCGAACUGGCCAAGCAUCGCCGCAUAUACGAAGACAUCGCCUCGAAAUUCUUCGAGCACUUCAUCCUCAUCUCCGACGCCAUGACCUUUCGAGCAGGAGGGGCUGAGAAAUCGCUGUGGAACGAGGAAGACGGCUUCUACUACGAUGCUAUCUCCUGGGGCGGCCCAUGGACUCAACAACUUCCCGUACGGUCGCUCGUAGGACUGAUAUAA